GUUCCAACCGUGAAUUGUCAAGGACUGUGGUUGGCUCGUCGUCAAAAACGUCAGCAGCUCUCUCCCCUCUGCGUGCGCCAGUGUUGGGCACAACCUCACUUCCGCAUUUCCUCGUGCGCCCACAGAUCAUCACUCUGUUUUCUUCUCACGCCUCGUAACAUGCGCGCCGCCCUGCAGCUUUCCCGCCGUCUACGUUCGCCCGCCGCUCGCGUCGUACGCUCACACUCCACAGCCGCUGCUCCGGCAUCACUCGCCGCUUCCUGGGACCGUCCGUUCCCCUCCAUCUUGGUGUCUGCCGAUGGCGUCUCGGCCCAAGGCUCGUUCGCGGAGGCUCAGGCCAACUACCUUCAGCCUGACAUGCAGGUGGUGAAGGAACUAGACGCGUUGCUACAUGAGAAGAAGAUGGGUAUCGUUGCGCACUUCUACAUGGACCCAGAGCUACAGGGCAUCCUAUCGUCGCUCUCGUGGCCUCACACGUUCAUCGCCGACUCUCUGGCUAUGGGCGAGGCAGCAGCUAAGAUGGCCAAGAAGGGAAUCCAGUCGGUGGCUGUGCUGGGCGUUGACUUCAUGUCCGAGAGUGUGCGCGCCAAUUUGGACUCGAACGGCUUCGAGCACAUCCCAGUGUACCGCUUGGCCGAAAAGAAGAUUGGAUGCAGUCUAGCCGAGUCGGCCGAGAAGCAGGCUUACCUCGCAUACCUGCAGAAGGCCGCCAAGACGCCCAACAGUCUGCACAUUGUGUACAUCAACACGUCGUUGCGUAGCAAGGCAUUUGCUCACGAUCUGGUGCCUACGAUCACCUGUACGUCCUCGAAUGUAGUGCAGACUGUGCUGCAGUCGUUCGCUCAGGUGCCGGACAUUAAUGUCUGGUACGGACCUGACACGUACAUGGGCGAGAACCUGCAGCAGAUGUUUGAGCAUAUUGCGCAGCUUCCGGACGAGAAGAUUCGUCAGAUCCACCCACAGCACAACCGCAAGACCAUCGCGGAGCUGCUCACGCGCUUCGAUUACUUCAAGGAGGGUAACUGCGUCGUGCACCACAUGUUCGGUGACAAAGUGACUCGGCGCGUGCGCGACGAGUACAGCCACGCCUACCACACGGCACACUUUGAAGUGCCCGGAGAGAUGUUCACACUCGCGAUGGAGGCGCAGAACAAGGGCCGCGGUGUUGUUGGCUCGACGUCCAACAUCCUGAACUUCAUCAAGGCGAAGACGGCUGAGGCUGUUAAGAACCAGACGGGAGAGAAGUUGAGCUUCGUGCUGGGCACGGAGGCCGGCAUGAUCACGGCCAUCGUGCGUGGCGUGCAGGAGACGCUGAACGCUCAGGAGGGAGGUGUAAAGCCAGAGGUGGAAAUUAUCUUCCCUGUGUCGGCGGAUGCUGUUGCAACGGAAGGCGAGGAAUUGGUGCCUGGCGUCGCAGGUGGUGAGGGAUGCUCGACUGCUGGCGGCUGUGCUACGUGCCCGUUCAUGAAGAUGAACGACAUUGACGCUCUGUUCCGUGUGGUGGAAGGUGUGUCUGCUAGCGCUAAUGGCUCUGAUCCGCUGGCGAAUUUCUACCCGCAAAAGUAUAGUGAACUCAUUCAGGGCAAGACUGUUACAGACGUCGGUGUGAAACCCAUUCUGCACAUGAAGUCGUUGAUGGAUGGACAGAAGUUGUCGGACGCGUUGGUGCAGGAUAUUCAGACACGGACACCGGGUGCCGGUUGCCCCAAGUAAGCGUAGUUCAGCAUUCUAAGGUCCCAAUGAAAUUUGUUUAGCUUACUGUGUGACUGGAACAUGAUUAAGAGCUCCGGGUAUAUCAGACCGUCGCUUACACUCCGAGGAUGCUGACUCACUGUUGUGAGCUUAGAACUCAAAAACGAAAUUUCAUGCGAGAGAAUCCGUGGUCUCAAUCUAAGUAGAAGUAAAAAUGUCCAUCUAAUAGAUCCUUGAGUGCUUCUGAACC